AUGGAGAAGACGCCUUCACGGCGGCUUUCCCCCGGUCUCCACCUGCCGAGGCCUUCCUCCUUCGCGGCCGCGCCUCUUCUGGUUCUAUUCUGCUCGUUCCUUUCCAAUUCGAAUCAUGUCUUCUUAACGGAAGCCGCCGUGAUCGGAGCUCCGGCGAAAUCGGAUGCCUUUACGCCGCCGGACAAUUUCCUCCUGGACUGCGGCAGCUCCGCCCCCACCACGCUCCCCGGAAAUCUGGCGUACGUCGGCGAUCAGGAGAGCAGCAAAUAUCUGCAAUACAAAGGCCGUGAUAUCCAAGUCAUGCUCGCGCAAGACGAUCAGAGUGUUCCGUCGGCGAUUUAUCGGUCGGCGAAGGUGUUCGACGGCGAAGCUAUCUACACCUUCCACGUGACCCGACCCGGAUGGCAUUGGAUCCGGCUCCAUUUCGCGCCGGCGCCGUACAACGAGAUGGAUCUGAACAAUGCUAAAUUCCAGGUCCGAACCAGCAAUGGCAUGAUGCUGAUGUACGAUUUCAAGUCCCCCGGAAAUGCCCGAUGGUCGAUGAAGGAAUAUCUCGUCAACGUGACGACGGAGCAGUUUUCGAUCACGUUCCUGCCGGAUCAGGGCAGCGUCGCUUUCGUCAGCGCCAUCGAGUUCGUAUCGGCGCCGGAUAUUUUGCUCGGCGACGUCGCCACCGCCGUUUUACCCAAGGGCGAUUAUUCCGGCCUCUCCAAGGUCGCGUAUCAGACGGCUUUCCGGCUGAACGCCGGCGGUCCGGUUAUCACGCCGCAGAACGACACCAUAGGGCGAUCCUGGGAGUCCGACAAGCCGUACCUCGACCCUCCGGUCGCCGGCGCCGACGCCUUCGUUGAGCCGAAAGUGAUUACUUACCCUGACGGCGAGUCUCCCCUGAUCGCGCCGCCGGUGGUGUACGCCACCGCCACUCAGAUGGCGAACGCCAAUGUUCAGGUCCCCAAUUUCAACAUCACCUGGAAAUUGAAGAUCGAUCCGACGUUCCAAUACCUCGUGAGACUCCACUUCGCCGACAUCGUCAGCAAGUCCCCAAACGAACUGUACUUCAAUGUCUACAUCAACGGUCAGACGGUAAUCUCCGCGCUCGAUUUAACCACAGUUGCUCAAGGCCUAACCGCUGCGUACUUCGCCGAUUUCGUCGUGAAUUCAACCAUGGUACCCUCCCUGGAUCCAUUAACAAUCCAAGUAGGUCCAACCAACGACAACUCCCCCACCAAAAACGCUCUGUUGAACGGCCUUGAGGUCUUCAAAAUGAACGCAAGUACCGGCAGCCUGGACGGAGAGUUCGCCGGUGCAGGUGGCGCUGGCGCCGGCCACCGCGGCGCGGUGGCUGCCGUCGGAUUCGCGAUGAUGUUCGGAGCUUUCGUUGGAUUAGGUGCAAUGGCGGUGAAGUGGAAAAAGAGGCCACAGGACUGGCAGAAAAGGAACAGCUUCUCGUCGUGGCUAUUGCCGAUCCACGCCGGAGAUUCAACCUUCAUGUCCGGCAGCAAAACGAACUUAGGGUCGCGUAAGAGCCAAUUCUUCUCGUCGACAAUGGGGCUUGGCCGAUACUUCUCAUUUGCCGAAAUGCAGGACGCCACCAACAACUGGGAACCGAGCAAAAUCAUCGGCGUCGGAGGCUUUGGAAAUGUGUAUCUAGGAGUGCUCGAGGAUGGCCAGAAAGUCGCGAUCAAGCGAGGCAAUCCGCAAUCCGACCAAGGGAUCAACGAAUUCCAGACCGAGAUCCAAAUCCUGUCGAAGCUCCGGCACCGGCAUUUGGUGUCGCUGAUCGGCUACUGCGAAGAGAAUUCCGAGAUGAUCCUGGUUUACGAGUUCAUGGCCAACGGACCUUUUAGAGACCAUCUAUACGGCAAGAACUUGCCUACCCUGUCAUGGAAGCAGAGGCUCGAAAUCUGCAUCGGCUCCGCUCGCGGGCUGCAUUAUCUCCACACCGGAUCGGCGCAGGGGAUCAUCCACCGCGACGUCAAGACGACAAACAUUUUGCUAGACGAGAACUUCGUCGCGAAAAUGGCUGAUUUCGGCUUGUCCAAAGAUGCGCCGACGACGGAUCAAACGCACGUGAGCACGGCCGUGAAGGGCAGCUUCGGCUACCUCGAUCCCGAGUACUUCCGGAAGCAGCAGCUCACCGACAAGUCGGACGUGUACUCAUUCGGGGUGGUAUUGUUGGAGGCCUUAUGUGCGCGCCCGGCGAUCAACCCGGCGUUGCCUCGGGAGCAAGUGAACCUCGCCGAAUGGGCGAUGCAGUCUAAGCGCAAGGGGCUGCUUGAUAAGAUCAUCGACCCGGUGCUCGACGGCCACGUCGACCCAGAGUCGAUGAAAAAGUUCGUCGAGGCUGCCGAGAAGUGCCUCGCCGAUUACGGCGUUGAUAGGCCUACAAUGGGCGAUGUGCUGUGGAAUUUGGAAUACGCCUUGCAACUGCAGGAGAAUUCUGCUCAGGGAAAGGCUGAGGAGGAAAAUAAGCCACUUGCUAGCAUUGCAAUCCAUUCUAAUGAUGGUGGCGCCGCCGCAGCGCCGCCGGCGGAGCCUUCCGUCUCGCCGGCGGAGCUACCGGCCGGCGCUGAACACUCCGGGACUGCGAUGUUUUCGCAAUUUGCUGCUCUAAAUGGGCGAUAA